AUGGGUCACAACCGUGCAACAUGCGACAGUCCGUUAGGCAGCGUGGCCGAAGGACCGUGUCAUCGGGCGGGUAUCAAAGGCCCGCUUUCACAGGGCAGCUUCAUGGCCUGUUUCGAUCCACAUCAACUGGCAAGCACUCUUCAAGCCAUGAGUGAACCUAUGGCCAUGCCUCAUGCCACCAAAGGUGAAUUCACGGCACGUGCACGUUCGUUUACGUCAGACCCCCAAGUCGCGUGCGGAUAUAUGGGCUCCGAGGGUCUACUUGCCGGCUUCUACCCGAAGACGCCUCCUAACAGCCCCCGCACGGUUCCUUUGGAGCCUGUGCUAACUGAGCACAGGUCUAUGUGA